GCAGAAGAAGAACGCAUUGGACUGCUGUAUGUUGUGAUCUUGGAGGAUCUGGUUCAUGUGUCCACCUCCAGGUGCCUCUGUCGGUUCGGGUGUGUGUGUGUUUUACAGACAAACCGUCUCGUCGGAUCAUCUGUUGUCUCAAGACGACACCAGAUUAAAGGAAUCAUGUUUAGACGAAGAGUACCUUUCCCACAGAUGGCCUUGGCCAUGCUGCUAGGAGUUGCUGGAGGUUUAUAUGUCUACAGACCUUUUUUUGAGCCUGCGCUGAAAAAGCCAAGUAAGCAAAACCCGGGAGAGAUGAAGAAAGAGACAGAAACAGACUGAAACAAAUCAUCACUUCACAGACAGAAGCCAGGAUUGUCAGAGCUGGAGGCCGAACAAAAGACAAGACCUGUGUGGAUAAAUGUGCUCUGUGUUGUUGUAAAUGUACAGAAUAAAAUAAUUGAUAAUUUGA